UAGUCUAAUGAGAUGUUUGCAGCCGGGGAGCAGGGCUGCUGGAGACUAACUGUGAGCUACUAACACACGGGUGGAAGAUUAGCUUUUGCAGUACUCGGUGUGCAGGUACUGAAAGUCUUCUGUCUUCUGAGUCAACAUUCCCGGCCUGGGAAAGAACCUGAUCAGGGCUCUGGUGAACAAGCCGUAGAUGUGGAAUCAAUCAUCUCUUUGGAGUCCUGAUGCCGUUUGGGGUGGAGAACAGUAUCAGAGGGCAAAAUGUGAGCACCAGGCAGGCCACCUCUUCUGCCGGUGAACGAUUUGUCACUUCCUUCUGUAAGACUGGCACCAGCAGAAAUGCAGUCUCAGAGGAUCCCUGGGAGAAAGCGAGGCCGACCCCCACUUCACUCAACACCUGUGAAGAUGGCAGUUCAUAACCUUUAUUCUGCUUCAGCUGGUUCUUUACCAGAGGUGAAGAUCCCAAAGAAAAGAGGGCGGAAACCCGGGUACAAGCUCAAGUCUCGGGUACUCAUGACCCCUUUGGCCCUCUCACCUCCUCGGAGUACGCCGGAGCCCGACCUCAGCUCCAUCCCUCAGGACGCAGCCACCAUCCCCAGCCUGGCAGUCCCACAGGCUCUCACAGUCUGCCUCUACAUCAACAAGCAAGCCAACGCAGGGCCCUACUUGGAGAGGAGGAAGGUGCAGCAGCUGCCCGAGCACUUCGGGCCCGAGAGGCCGUCGGCGGUCCUGCAGCAGGCGGUGCAGGCGUGCAUCGACUGUGCCCACCAGCAGAAGCUGGUCUUCUCCCUGGUCAAGCAGGGCUACGGUGGCGAGAUGGUCUCUGUGUCGGCAUCCUUUGAUGGGAGACAGCACCUGCGGAGUCUGCCGGUGGUGAACAGCAUCGGGUACGUCCUCCGCUUCCUCACCAAGCUGUGCCGAAGCCUCCUGUGUGAUGACCUCUUCAGCCACCAGCCCUUCCCCAGGGGCUCCAGUGCCUCGGAGGAAGCCCAGGAGAACCAGGAAGGCAGGAUGGAGUCAGCAAAAACAGUCACCACUGAAGAGUGCCUGGUGAAAACGGCAGGCAUGAACCGCUACAGCGUGGACCCCUCAGCCUCCGCCUCCGCCUUUAGCCACAGGGGCUCCUUGCCCACCUCCUCCUCGCUAUACUUCAAGAGGCAGAGUUCCGGAGAUAGCCAUCUUGUGGGAGGCCCAGCCACCACCACUAGUGGUCCUCGCACCAGCCCCAUGUCCUCUGGAGGCCCCUCGACACCUGGGCUGAGGCCCCCAGGCUCCAGCCCCAAGAGAAAUGGGACCUCUCUGGAAGGAAACAGAUGUGCCUCAAGCCCUUCUCCAGACGGGCAGGACGCCAGGCGGCCACGGAGCAGGAACCCGUCCACCUGGACCGUGGAGGAUGUGGUCUGGUUUGUGAAAGACGCUGACCCGCAGGCCCUGGGGCCUCACGUGGAGCUCUUCAGAAAGCACGAGAUUGAUGGCAAUGCCCUCUUGCUGCUGAAGAGUGACAUGGUUAUGAAAUACUUGGGCCUGAAGCUGGGACCUGCGCUGAAGCUCUGCUACCACAUCGACAGACUGAAGCAGGCCAAGUUCUGAAGGGUUUUAAAAGACAGAAUCCAAAUCCAGACAGCGCAUCUCAAGAUCAUCUUCUGCCUUACCAACAUCUGGCCUCCAUCACAAAAUUGAUUCUCUUCUUAAAGACAACAGCCCCAGAGAUGUAGUCUUUGUACAAAACUCAUGCAUCUCCGCCUUUUCAAAUAUUCAGCCUGGUCCUUUUGAAAGGCUCCUUGGUGUUAAUGGUUUGCCAAAAAAAUGACAAAAAUGCCUAUUAUUUGUAACAUUCCUGAUAGGUUGGUUGCCGUUAGAGUGGGUCCUGUUUUUACAAAGGAAGAUGGGGAACCGAAUGCUCCACCCAAGGAGAAGAACCCUGGGGGGUUCCAUGGAUGAGAGCAGAACCCGUGUCUCUGCAGGCCUUGCGGGGACGCCCACCACAGCGCCCCCUGUCUUUGACUCGGACCCGCAGACCUCUCAUUGUGAUCCUUGCCUGAUUCAGCUCUUAAAGCUGUCUUCUAAGGAUAAAUGCCUCACCUUGCACUAUCUGGAAAACUUGAAUUCUUUUGCUCUCUGAAAGAGAAGGAAAAAAAAAAUCUUUUCUAUUCCUGGUUAUCUGAAAUACUGUGUUAUCCCACUAGAGGGCAGACUGCUAAUGAAAUUCCAGGACUCUCACUGCUGUAGCCUGAGGAUUCCGGACUCAAUAGAUGGGUUAGGGUGUCCGUGAAUAAGAUCUAGCCCACACACACGUAGGGAAUUUAUUUCAAGGUCAGCACCACAGAUUGUAACUGGGGAAGACCCAAUUACCUCCCAAAGGUAAUUGGAAAGAAAUUGUCUCCUACAAGGUUCUAGUUCAUAUCCAAUCAUUACUACUGACUGAGAUGUACAAGCAGCAAAGGCAAGAAUUUGGAAGUACAUUCUCCCCAGAUGGGGCUUUGGAGUUUCUUCCUUUCCAGAAUCCUCACUGAGGUGUCAGUGUGUUGGCACGCGGAAGAGUCUUAGUGACAUUUAGCCAUGGGUGUUUCUUUAAAAAAGAAGAAAAAUGUCUCAACUAA